AUGGAAUUUCAAGGUCCAUCUGGUCAUUUUCGUCCAGGAACACCUCCCCGAGGUCAAUCUCAAGGUCCAUCCACUCAUUCUCGUCCAGGAACACCUCCCCGAGGUCAAUCUCAAGGUCCAUCCAUUCAUUCUCGUCCAGGAACACCUCCCCGAGGUCAGCCACCCAAAUCAACAUUUCCUCUAAUCCAGAAUGGUGGCUCAAGUUCCUCUCCACCAGGACUUGUGACUGGAGGUGGUGCUCCUCCUCCAACAGGAAACACGAUCUUUCAAAUUAUUGAAAUGCCUGGUCUCAAUGUCCAAGGACAGCCAGUUGGUCUUACCAUAUUUUAUGAUUUACUUCUACAGUCUGGUGUAGAUCUCCUCAAACAACCAG